AUGGAGGUGGUGGUGCCGGUCAUGGCGCCAAGCGCACCGUGCAGCCCAAGAACCGCGGCGACCAUCGCCGGAGGCGACCACCUCCCGGCCUACUGCUACUUCUUCUCCAGCGCCCCGACGAGCCCGUCCAGGGCGAGCUACGCCGGGGACGGCGCCGCCUCGGCGGACGGCGGCGACGAGGCCACGUUCGACUUCACGCUCGGAUUCAGCGGGCAGCUGCAGGAGGCCACGCCGAUCCUCGCGGCGGCCGACGAGCUCUUCGAGGGCGGCAGGAUCCGGCCGCUGAACACGCCGCACCCGAGCAUUCUGCUGGUCCACGACGCCUCGAGCUCCCCCUCCUCCUUCUACUCCGCCUCCGCCGGCGGCCCUCGGUGCUCCCCGAGAAGAACCGGCAGCGCGCGCGGCGGGGAUCAUCGAGCGGAGGCGCCGUUGGAGAGAGGCAGGUCCGGCAGACCCACCGCUGGCGCUGCCUCGACGGCAGCGGCUUCGUCCAGGAGCAGGAGGGCCACGCGGUCUCUGUCCCCGUUCAGGGGCGGCGAUGGCCUGGACGAGGACGAGUCCCCUUCGUCCCCUCCGUCCCCAAGAACCUCCAUGAUGCGGGGCUGCGGCAGCGGGAGCAAGAAGUGGCGGCUCAAGGACUUGUUCCUCUUCCGGAGCGCGUCGGAGGGCCGCGCCACCGGCGGCGGGAGCAAGGACCCGCUCUUCAAGUACACCAUGCUGCCGUCCUCCUCCUCCACGUCGUUCUCGCACCCCCACGGCCAGUCCCAGAAGCUGAGGAGCGGCGGCGGCGGCGGCGACGGCAGCGCGUCCAUGCGCAAGGGGAGAGGCUCCACGGCGUCGGCCAGCGACAUGCCGUACGCCAUGAACCGGGCGGCCGCCGAGGACGUGCGGCGCCGGACGACCACCACCACGCCGCUGCCGUUCCACCGGAACAGCCUCUUCGGCUACCUCCGCUCCAACCCGGCGAUCCACAGCAUCAGCCGGAAGCUCGGGGGCAGCAGCAGCAGCCACUCCGGCUCCUCCUCCAACUCCAAUCGCGGCGGCAGGCCGACAUGA